AUGAACUCAAGAAGACAACAAUCGAAAGGUAAGGGCACUAAAAGCUCUAAUUCAGUAACUGAGCAGGAAAUCAUCUGUGCAGAAUUAAAUCUUCAAAAUAUGUCUGAAGACCUGCAAGGGAAUGACAAGAACUACCCAUGCAAAAAUAAACUCCUUGCUGGGAUUUUGGGAACCACCUGCCUUGUCUUGACGUAUAUUGUAGAAAGAAUGAUAAGUUCUCUUCCCUGUAGUGGAACACCACAGCAGAACAAUUCGUACCCAGUUACAAGAAUCCAGAAAUUUGAUCCAUGUGGUCAUUGUCCAAAAGAGUGGAUUACAUAUUCCAACAAUUGCUAUUACAUUAGCACUGAAAGAAAAUCAUGGAAUGAGAGCUUGUUGUCCUGUGUUUCUAAGAACUCUACCCUGCUCUACAUAGAGAAUGAAGAAGAAAUGUAUUUGUUGAACUUCUUCACUCCAACUUCCUGGAUUAGAGGCUUCCAGAGAAUCAAUAAUAAUUCAUCUGUGUGGCCAAAAGACACAACUUUCUUCUCGAAAACAUAA